UCCCAGCUGCCACCUCAUUUAAAUUUUGGUUUUGAUAUUAAAAUUCAAACAUCGCAUUAAAAUUCAGGAUGUUUGUUUUGAACUACUUUCAAUGUUUUGUUUUGUUUCUUUCUAAUGGUUCUUCUUCAGGGUAUUUAGGAUCGACACUAAUAAACUUAUAUGUAUUCGUAUAACUCUUAUAGUAUGUUGAAUAUAAUGAGCAUGAUCAAAUUGUUAAAAUUGAAGGCAAUUGGUGACUAUUUAAGUUUGACAAAUUUGCCUAAUCAGGCUGUUUGAGAGCCCAGGGUGUGGUGUAAAUGCAGUAACAGGUGUAUGAAUUGAUGCGCAAUUACAGAACUCUGAUAUUGGAUGUAUAUUUGUAGGUUAACUGUACUCCCAUCUGAUUUAACUUAAGUAUUCUCAGAGUAACAAAUUCAUUGGGCUCCUUAUCCCCAAGGCUGCUUCAAAGGCAGCCAUCUCAUUUGCAAUCUUAGUGAUAAAUUUUGCUUUUUAUUACAGCUCAUUCAAUAAUACGAAGCAUUUCUUUCAUUUCAAUAAGACGAAGCAGUUUCUUAAUCUUACAGUUCUGCAGAAAAUCACGUCCAUAAAACGAUAAAAAUGGCUGCAGCUAAGCGGUUGGAGGCAGUUUGCUGAACAAAGACAGCAGAGAAGGGGAUAUCUCUUUCUGGAUUGAUUUCACCUGGCCUGGCAGGAGAUUUUGCAUUUGUGGUUCAUCACUGGGGUGGAGACUGAGGCCAGACUUCCUGAAAGAAAACAGGUAUCAGGUGAAUAAUCUGAAUGCCUUAUAAAAAUGCCAGCCUCUGGAAACACACAUUUUACAAAACUAAGACUCUCAGCAAGGACACAGAAGUGUAUGAAUGGCCCAGACCAUAAAGAAGUUUUAACAAGCUAUCUCCAGCUUUCCAUUUAUCUUAGGAAAUCAUCUUUCAUCCAAUAUGAAGCACCGUGUCCUGGGGCUAUUUUCACUGGCUCUGCUGGGAUUUGUCUGCGCACAGACCUCACAGAAUCCAUCAUCAGGUGGCACCACAACGAUGACAUACAAUAACACCUCCAAUUCAACCAGGCCAUCCAAUUACAGCACAACCACCACCACCACCACCACCACCGACUACAACAACAACAACAACAACAACAACAACUCCACAGGAACCAAUCAGGUGCCCACUAACACGGACGGCACGACGACUGGGACCAGACCCACAAUGACGACGGGAACCGGGGGCACAAAUUAUAUGACCGCAAACAACGGACAGAGCCGCGUCUUCAUCUCUCUCAGCCGGCUGUUUGGAUCUUUUGUCCUCCAAGCACUUUGGCAGCGAGUGCCAUCCUGAGGCCCGGAGCCGGAGUGAGUCUGACACCACCGUACUGUUUAACACUGUUUUGCAAAGCUGAGCUAACUAUACCGUGUUUGCUGUAGAGGAAAUUACAUUUUCAGUUGCUUGUGUUAAGCAAAAUUGUGGUUUAUGAGGUUAUGAAAUUAUUAACAAGUCACAGUGACAGAGUCAGCCUGCUAAUGAGGUAGCAGACAACAACUUAGACAGACGUGAUUCAGAUCCCGCAUUGAUAUGUGAAGAAAAAAGCAGCAGUCAAUGAAUCAUAAUGAGUUAAAGCAAAUUUGUUUGUAUUUUAAGAGAUUACUGCUGCCUGACCUGCAUUUGGGGGUGGCAUAUCCUAAAUCACAAUUACACUUUGUACAUACUCUGAGCCUAUUUAUUGACUUGCGCAAAAUUAUGUAUUCAAUCGAACAUAUUUCAAAAAUAUUAAUAUGAUAUAAAUGAAUCAAUACAUUGUAGUUUUUAUCUGUACACACGUCACACUGCAUAGUAGCUGUGUUGACCUUUGUGUGUUAAUUAGUAAAAUGAUUUGUACACCGUGGUGCAGGUGGUCGUAUGAGUAUUUGCUUUGUAUUGGUAUAUCCAAAAACCAAUAAACAUUAAAUAAACAGA